CAUCUAUUGUUUAUAAUCUGGAGAUUUCGACACAAUUGCUCUCAAAUGUAAGGAAAUUCGACCAAAAAAUCACCGGUUAAAAAUAACUUGAAAAUUUAAAUAUUGCGUCACGAAAGAGCGAAAUACGAGUACAAAAUUCUAUUAUUACAAAACUUAACGAUCGUGUCUAUCAUUUUGAUGAAAAUCUUUGGAGGAAGCUAUUAAAUUAACAUGAAAUGCAGAUUGAAAAUCGAAGUUAUUUUCGUCAAUUGAUACUUACGACGAACAGCUAUUUCAAACGACGAUAAAUUGGUAUGGUUAUCUUCGUCAAAAUUAUAAUUUUUUUAUCCCUUGUAAAAAUUGGAAAUAUGGCAUAAGGUACGAGAUGUGUUUGGAAGAAGACGUUGUGGAAGUGCCAAGUUGAAUUUUCAGUUCUUUAUUUGGAGUUGAAAAUGUUGAAAGUAUUGAUUGCUGUGAUUUGUCUCGUGGCUCUGAACAAUGCGGAUGUUGAUCCAGAAUCUACGUUGUCUUGCCAUCGAAGAAUUUACUAUCAUAAUAUGACCAAAAAGGAUACAUUUGGCAGAAUGUGCUGGGAUGUGAUUCCUAUGCUUUCGUGUUGGGGUAGAUGUGAUUCGAAUGAGAUACCAGACUGGAAAUUUCCGUUUAAAAAAUCUCAUCAUCCUGUUUGCUUACACGAUUUAACGGAGCAAAGUAAAGUUAUUUUGAAAAAUUGCGACGACGGUAUCGAACCUGGCACCGAUAUUUUUGAAUUUAUUCAAGCAGUUACUUGCAGAUGUUCUACGUGUAAAUCAUCGACAACCAGUUGCGAAAGCGUCUUGCAUCGAGAUCAUAAAUUUCAUCCUAAUUUGGAGAUUGAUUGAUUGAUGAAGAAUAUUAUGAAAUGUAAUACAAUUUUUUUUGAUGUGCA